AAGGAGGGGUGCGGUGCAGCAGGGAGACUCGCCGGGACAGACGGAGCGAGAGAGAGACAGAGAGAGAGAGAGAGAGAGAGAGAGAGAGAGAGAGAGAGAGAGAGAGAGAGAGAGUGAGAGAGAGAGAGAGAGAGAGAGAGGUGGAACGCUGAGACGCCACACAUACAUACACACACAACCAGGAGCGAGGAAAAUCCAAACCUAAGACAUCAUAAUGGCAGAUAAAAUUAAGAAUGCGAAGAUCAUCUUUGUCGUGGGUGGCCCCGGCUCUGGAAAGGGCACUCAGUGUGAGAAGGUGGUGGAGAAGUACGGCUACACUCACCUGUCCUCAGGAGACCUGCUGCGUGCCGAGGUGGCGUCUGGCUCUGAGAGGGGCAAACAGCUCCAGGCCAUAAUGCAGAAAGGAGAGCUGGUGCCUCUGGACACAGUUCUGGACAUGAUCAAAGAUGCCAUGAUCGCCAAGGCUGACGUGUCCAAGGGCUUCCUGAUUGAUGGAUAUCCUCGUGAGGUCCAGCAGGGGGAGGAGUUUGAGAAGAAGAUCGGUGCUCCUUCUCUGCUGCUGUACAUCAACGCAAAGUCUGAGACGAUGGUGAAGAGGCUGAUGAAGCGUGGAGAGACCAGCGGCCGUGCCGACGACAACGAGGAAACCAUCAAGAAGCGUCUGGAUCUUUAUUACAAAGCCACCGAGCCCGUCAUCGCCUUCUACGAGAGCCGUGGCAUCGUCAGGAAGAUCGACUCGGAGCUCGCUGUGGACGAUGUGUUUAAACAAGUUUGCCAGGCGAUCGAUAACCUAAAGUAAAGAAAAGCUGAUCAGAUGAACUUUGCACAUUUGUCUGGGUCUUUAUUCUGUAGUUGUUGUUUUUUUUUCUUUCUUUUUUUUUUUUU